AUGAAGACAUUCAAAUGUUGUUUUAAAUAUCACCUACAACAGAAAGUUUUCAUCCUGUUUCUAACCCUAUGGCUGUUCUCCUUGUUGAAGCUCCUAAAUGUUAAACGGUUCCUCUUCCCUGAACGGGGCAUUUACUUGGUUGAGUACUCUGUAAGUACCUCACCUUUUGUAAGGAACAGAUACACCCAUGUCAAGAAUGAAAUCGGAUAUGAGAUUAACUGUUCGGGUGUCUAUGAACAGGAGCCUUUGGAAAUUGGCAAGAGUCUGGAAAUAAGAAGAAGAACUAUCAUUGACUUGGAUGAUGAUGAUGUUGUGGCAAUUACCAGUGAUUGUGAGAUUUAUCAGGCCCUACGAAGCUACGAUGAAAAGCUUGUUUCAGAGGAGGAGAAAAGCUUCCCAAUAGCCUAUUCUUUGGUGGUUCACAAAGAUGCAAUUAUGGUUGAAAGGCUAAUCCUUGCUAUAUACAACCAGCACAAUAUUUAUUGCAUCCAUUAUGACCAAAAAUCAUCAGAUACCUUCAAAGUUGCCAUGAACAAUUUAGCUAAGUGCUUCUCCAAUAUUUUCAUUGCUUCCAAAUUAGAGACUGUGCAGUACGCACACAUUUCCAGACUCCAGGCUGAUUUAAAUUGCUUGUCAGACCUUCUCAAGUCUUCAGUUCAGUGGAAAUAUGUUAUCAACCUGUGUGGGCAGGAUUUUCCUUUGAAGUCAAACUUCGAACUAGUGUCAGAGUUGAAGAAACUCAAUGGAUCAAACAUGUUAGAGACAGUGAAACCCCCUAGCACUAAGGUGGAAAGAUUCACUUAUCACCAUGAGCUCAGACAGGCACCUUAUGAAUAUGUGAAACUACCGAUGAGGACAAACAUUUCCAAGGAAGCCCCCCCUCAUAACAUCGAGAUAUUUGUUGGCAGUGCUUAUUUUGUGUUAAGUCGAGCAUUCAUUAAGUAUAUUUUCAACAACUCCUUUGUUGAAGACUUUUUUGCCUGGUCUAAAGAUACAUACUCACCUGAUGAGCACUUUUGGGCUACCUUAAUUCGGGUACCAGGAAUCCCUGGGGAGAUUUCUAGGACAGCCCAGGAUGUGUCUGACCUACAGAGUAAGACCCGCCUGGUCAAAUGGAAUUAUCUAGAAGGUCUUUUCUAUCCCAGUUGUACUGGCUCUCACCUCCGAAGUGUGUGUAUCUAUGGAACAGCGGAACUAAGGUGGCUUAUGAAAUAUGGACAUUGGUUUGCUAAUAAAUUUGAUUCUAAGGUGGACCCUGUCUUGAUUAAAUGCUUGGCAGAAAAGCUUGAAGAACAGCAAAGAAAGUGGAUCACACUGUCUUCAGAAAAGUUAUUUAAAGCCAAACCUUCCAUAAACAUCUCAUGA